AGGCCGGGCAGUUGGUUUAGCGGUACAAAUUUAAAAGUACUAUAACAUUUACAAAAAAAAUAUGUUUUUUCGGAUUUGCAAUAGAGAGAGUUUUGACUUCAAAGAUAGUUUGUGAAGCACCAUCGAUGCUUUAAUUAAGAAAGCUGUCUUUGUAACAGUUAAACAACAGAAAAUAUCAAAGAUUAUCCCCCAUCAAUGAAGUUUGAAAUAAGUUUUCUUGAUUCCUGAACGAAGGUAAAGACUAUUUGUUUUCUUUUUGUGAAUAAGCCCGCCGCUUCGAGUCUCCGUGGCGGUUUGAUACAAAACAUUAUAUGUUAUACGAAUCACUCGUCAUCUACAUUUGACUGAUGUGGAGAAGCCGGUAGAUAUUUGCAGAAAUUAAGUUAGUACUGAAAUGGUAUCAAGGAACAUUGCCCACAUUAACAUAACUAAAAUUUUUUUGAAAAACGGCGCCGUUUAAGCAAAUACAUGCAACAAAAAACAUUUGUAAAUAUGCUGUGGGUGUAUCUAGCAUUUUUUUAAAAAUUUAAAACACAGUUACAGGUCAUAUGGCGACUGUCAAGCUUUUGAUUGUGGAGGAAGACGUUAGAUGCCCGGCCGGCCAUGAUUUCAUCAUGUAUCUAGUGUAUCUAGUAACGAAGGUCUGCUUUUAGUAAGACAAAAGACUUUUGUACCGUCUGAUUAACGUGUAUUGCUAUUAAACUUAAUUGUUUACACAAUUGUUCAAGUUCCUUUGGUAAUACAACACGAUUUAACUUCCCAAUUCAAGGGAGGCAGAUGUGCUAGGCCUAACAUUAUAUAUAUGAUAACUCGUUUACUAUGUAUUUACUAUAAUAUUACUACUUAUUACAUACUCGUUUCUAUUCCCCGUUAAAGUUACACUGGUACCGGAAACGUCAAUAUUCUUCCAUACACUGGCGCCUGAGUUUCAUAUCGGGUGCGUGACGUAAUGCAGUGUGUGUUGUUGCACUCCUUUUUAGCUCACAUGUCACAUAGUGACAAGGUGAGCUUUUGUGAUCGCGCAGCGUCCGUCGUCCGUGCGUGCGUCCAUGCGUGCGUAAACUUUUGCUUGUGACCACUCAUGAGGUCACAUUUUUCGUGGGAUCUUUUUGAAAGUUGGUGAGAAUGUUCAUCUUGAUGAUAUCUAGGUCAAGUUCGAAACUGGGUCACAUGCGGUCAAAAACUAGGUCAGUAGGUCAAAUAACAGAAAAUCCUUGUGACCUCUCUAGAGGCCAUAUUUUUCAAUAAAUCUUCAUGAAAAUUGGUGAGAAUGUCCACCUUGAUGAUUUCUAGAUCAAGUUCGAAACUGGGUCAACUGCGGUCAAAAAUUAGGUCAGUAGGUCAAAUAAUAGAGAAUCCUUGUGACCUCUCUAGAGGUCAUAUUUUUCAUGGGAUCUGCAUGAAAAUUGGUCAGAAUGUUCACCUUGAUGAUAUCAAGGAAACUGGGUCACGUCCGGUCCAAAACUAGGUCAGUAGGUCAAAUAAUAGAAAAACCUUUUGACCUCUGAAGAGGUCAUAUUUUUCAUGGGAUCUGCAUGAAAAUUGGUCAGAAUGUUCAUCUUGAUAGUAUAUAGGUCAAAUUCGAAACUGGAUCACGUCCGGUCCAAAACUAGGUCAGUAGGUCAAAUAAUAGAAAAACCUUGUGACCUCUGUAGAGGCCAUAUUUUUCAUGGCAUCUGCAUGAAAAUUGGUCAGAAUGUUCAUCUUGAUGAUAUCUAGGUCAAGUUUGAAACUGGUUUAUGUGCGAUCCAAAACUAGGUCAGUAGGUCUAAAAAUAGAAAAUCCUUGUGACCUCCCUAGAGGCCAUAUUUUUCAAUAGAUCUUCAUGAAAAUUGGUCAGAAUGUUCAACUUGAUGAUAUCUAGGUCAGAUUUGAAACUGGGUCACGUGCGGUCCAAAACUAGGUCAUUAGGUCAAAUAAUAGAAAGACCUUGUGACCUCUCUAGAGGUCAUAUUUUUCAUGGGAUCUGCAUGAAAAUUGGUCAGAAUGUUCAUCUUGAUGAUAUCUAGACCAAAUUCAAAAAUGGGCCACGUGCGGUCAAAAACUAGGUCAAUAUGUCAAAUAAUAGAAAAACCUUGUGACCUCUGUAGAGGCCAUAUUUUUCAUGGGAUCUGCAUGAAAAUUGGUCAGAAUGUUCAUCUUAAUGAUAUCUAAGUCAAGUUUGAAACUGGGUCAACUGCGGUCAAAAACUAGGUCACUAUAUCAUAUAAUAGAAAAACCUUGUGACCUCUCUAGAGGCCGUACUUUUCAUGGGAUCUGUAUGAAAGUUGGUCUGAAUGUUCAUCUUGAUGAUAUCUAGGUCAAAUACAAAACUGGGUCACGUGCCUUCAAAAACUAGGUCAUUAUGUCAUAUAAUAGAAAAACCUUGUGACCUCUCUAGAGGCCAUAUUUUUCAAUGGAUCUUCAUGAAAAUUGCUCAGAAUCUUUAUCUUGAUGAUAUCUAGGUCAAGUUCAGAACUAGGUCACAUGAGCUCAAAAACUAGGUCACUAUAUCAAAUAAUAGAAAAAACGACGUCAUACUCAGUUCAUGUGGGGACAGGUGAGCGAGUUUGUGAUACGUUUAAUUAUACUAGUAUUACAUUACAUCAGUAAAUGACUGCCAUGUUACAAAAUACACUAAGGAUAUUAAUAGAAUCUAAUCAUUAUUGUUGGAUUACUUUAUAGAUGCAUUCGUUAAAAAUAUGACGUGAAUAACAAAAUUAUUAGAAAUGCAGCCAGUUAAUUAAUAAUAUGUAAUUUCCGCAGCGCAGCUCAGGAGGGGAAAACUCAUAGGUGUUGCUGCUUCUAAAAAUAUCUUCACCAUUUUAAAGGCGCUUAUAUUGAAUAUAUUAUUGCCGUAUGCUGUAAAGAACUGUGCAUUUGUUUGUGAUAUCUUGGUUUGUGAACGGACAAAUGAAUAUUCAGAGUCAAAUGCAUAUACACCAAUAAUUCUGAAACUGAAAACGAACUCAUUUAAUAAAUUUAUAAAAGUCGCUUUUUAAAAAAUUUCAUUCGGGGAUUUUCUAUUUCCUAAAUCGAAUAACGAAAUUAGAACACAUUAGUCUAUGAUUAGAUAAUGAAUCAAACAGAAAUCACUUUCAACACUUAUGACAGUAAUAUACUUAUUAAAAUUAUUGAAUUGUAUCUUCACUACAUGUAUCAAGAAUAGUAUUGAUUUUAACAUUAUUAAUCUUACAAAAUCAUUAAAAUUUAACUCGUUCAUUUAUUUUCCGUACAUAUUAUAGCAUUAUUGAUAUGAAAAUCCGUAUUUACUUAAGUGUAUUGUGACCCAUUGCUUUCACAACGGGCAAGACAGGUUAUCCGUCCGAUAAAUACAUUGUGUUGUUUGAACACGUUAUCGCGAAUGGAUUUGUCAUAGUUUAUGCAAUUUAUAUGCCAUACAUAUUUGUAAACACAGCAAAUAAUGGUUGGUAUCAGAAAAAAGAAAAAGUUAAUUCUGUUUGUGACUGGGACUUUAGUAAUGGUUCUUAUUGUUGUGUGUUCAAUAAGCUCGGAUACAUAUACUGAUUUUAAAAGUGAUGGGAAUUAUAAAGUGACCUAUACGAAUUCCUACUUUAAGGAAAAGCCAGCGAAAACAAUCUUACUUUGGACUACAAUGUUUAAUCAUAGAACGCUAGACAGUGACCGGAAGUGCCUUAGCACGUGCCCAGUUAAGUGUGAUAUCACAGACGACAAAUCGCAAAUAAGGAAAGCAGACGCCGUAGAAUUCCAUCUUUCGAAUUUAUGGACCAAAUUCUGGCGAGUUGGAACAAAAUCUAUCAUAGAACUACCAAGUUACAGGACACCGGAUCAGGUUUGGAUUUUAGCAAAUAUGGAGCCACCGCCACAUUUAUGGGGAAAUAUUCGAAUUUUCAAUGGGCUAUUUAACUGGACAAGGUGGUACAGAAAUGAUGCGGAUAUUAGUUGGCCAUAUGGUGAAGUAUACAGAUAUAAUAAAACGGAACGAAUUAAAGCUGAAAAUAAAUAUGAAAAUCGGAAUUUUUACGAGGAAAAAUCAAGAGAGAUAAUGCUAAGAAUUAGUAAUUGUUUUGAUCCAGGUCAAAGAUACAGAAUUAUACAGGAGCUUAAUAAGUUUGUUGAGAUAGAUAAGUAUGGCAAAUGCUACGACAAAGUUUGUGGCGUAUCUACUGAUCCUGCGGAUAAAUCAUGCGAUAUUUUGAUGAAACAGUAUAAAUUUUAUCUCGCGUUGGAAAAUGAUAUCUGCAAGGAUUAUAUCACAGAAAAAUAUUGGUUGACUUUAGAAAGAGACCAGAUCCCAAUAGUCAACUGGAAAGAUGCCAGUCCAGAUACUGCUAUCCCUAAAUCUUUUAUAAACAUAUUUGACUUCGACUCUAUAGCGCAACUUGCACAAUAUGUAAAACAAGUUAGCGCCAAUGAAACUUUGUACAACAGUUAUUUUGAGUACAAGAAAUUUUAUACAAACCGGCAGCGCUCGUGCCAUGCUUGUUCUGUAUGUCACUCUUUGCACGACAAAAGUAGACCAGCUCAAGUUUACACAGAUAUAGAUGGAUGGGUACAGAAUGAUUCGUGUGAAAAAGUUGGGCUUUGGAACAAUUUCUUGAAGAAUUUCUAUGGUUGGCGAUUUCUAUUGCUUGGCUUCUGAAACAACACCAGGACAUACUUCCUGUGGCACAACGAUAGGAACAAUCCGACGUCUGUAAAAACAAAGCUUGUUACCAAAAUUAAGAGUGAUGAGGAAAUUUACGUAUAGCAGACGCAUGUUUUUGCGAUAUGCCCUAACGUAAGUGCAGAAACACUUGCAGGUUGAAUACUGAUCCAAGAGUCUGUUGGCUUGGCCGGGAAAAAGACGUUCGCCAAGUUGUUGAAGCUGAGGCGCUGAACUCGACACCUAUAUUCAUUGACAGCUCAAUUAUUAUUUUACUGCCACUGAAUGAAUUAAAUCGCUCUGUAUUGUAAAUUUGUAUUUUAAAAACUUCGAUAUCAACAAAACGAUGUUUAACUAAUGGUAGAUACAGACUUGUUUUUUUUCUUUCAUCAUUUUGAUUCUUAUUGAAAUACAUGUAAAUUGUAAUUCAAACAAUGCAAAUACAUGUAUUAUACCGUGACAUUUAACUUGAAAUGAAUAUAGAAUUCCUGUUCUGUUU